AUGGAGUGGAUAAUAGGGGAUGGAAAACUGAUAAGGGUAUGGGAGCACAUUUGGUACCCAGAACAACAAGAGCUUCUUGUCGAACCAACUGAUAUCUACCAGAGAAUUACUUUCCUAGAAGAACUGAUGGUGAAAAAAGAAAACAAGUGGAACUGGGAUGAACAAAAGUUAACAAUAUACUUUGGAACACGGGUAGGUGACAAAAUUAAGCAAAUUAAGAUAAAUAAAGAAAGAAGGGAUGAAAUGAAAUGGAAGCUGGAGAGAAGUGGGAAGUUCACAACCAGGAUUUGCCCCAUGUGUGAUAAGGAGGAUGAAACCCUAACUCAUGUCUUCAUGGAAUGCGAGUUCACAAGGUCUGUGAUAGCAUACUUAGGGAUUAGUCUAGAUUUCUAUACUAACAGUCAGCCCGACUUUCAUAGUUGGCUACAGGAGUGGUUCUACAGAGGAGAAAUGGAUAUCUUAAGGAACAUUGCAUGGGCUGAUGUCAUGGCAAUCAUAUGCUGGAAGAUUUGGAAAAACAGAUGUGAUCUGGUCUUUAAGAAAGUUAAACUGAACUUUAAAUCCACAUGUAACAACAUAACUAGCAUGGUCAACUGUAAUAGACAUAAUAGGGAUAGUGAAAAACUAGAGUCCGAAGUCCAGAUUGUGGCUAAUACUAAGACUCUGGUCACUAACUUACUAGAUGUUAAUAUCAAUAUAGCUCCGAGUACCCGGAGUGAUAGGAAUGCAGGGGGGAUAGCAGUAAUGCUUUCUGAUUUUGCAGGUAAGAUCUCAGAGGCAAGAUGCAGAUGCUUUGAAGCAGGAACAGAGGAAGAAAUAGAAGAUAUAGCUGCUUCCAUGACGAUCCAGUGGGCACGUCAACUUAAUCAUCCACAUGUUGAAGUUGAGAGUGACAGUGUGAAAGUCCUUGAAGCAGUUAGAGGUCAAUUACAAACGGUGAAAAAAGAUAUACCAGGAUUGUAUGCAGGCAACGAGAAGAAUUUUUUGAUAGGAAGAAUGGGUUAUUCAAGCAUUUUAAUAUUUAUGGUUUUUGGAUUGUUAGGUUCAGCUUAUGCUCAAUUGAAGAUGGGUUUUUAUGCUCAAAGUUGUCCUAAAGCUGAGAAGAUUAUACAAGACUAUGUGCAGAAACGAGCCCCCGUUGUAGCUGCACCUCUACUUAGAAUGCAUUUUCAUGACUGUUUUGUCAGGGGUUGUGAUGCAUCUGUGUUAUUGAACUCAACUUUGAACAAUCAAGCAGAAAAAGAUGCCCAACCUAACCUGACUCUCCGAGGUUUCGACUUCAUUGACAAAGUGAAAAGCAUAGUGGAAGCCGCAUGUCCUGGUGUUGUUUCUUGUGCAGAUAUUAUCUCUUUAGCUGCAAGGGAUUCAGUUGUUGCCAUAGGAGAACCAACAUGGAAAGUCCCGACUGGACGACGAGAUGGAAGAAUCUCAUUAAGGUCUGAGGCAUUGAGAAACAUCCCCAAUCCUAAUAUCAACUUUGCUACCCUUCAAUCAAAUUUUGCUAACAAAGGGCUUAACGUGAAAGAUCUUGUUUUGCUAUCCGGUGCUCACACAAUUGGUGUCUCUCAUUGUAAUCCUUCAUUUUCAAACCGUCUAUACAACUUUACUGGCAGAGGAGACCAAGAUCCUUCACUAGACAGUAAAUAUGCAGCUAAUUUGAAGGCAAGGAAAUGCAGAACAAUAACUGAUAACACGACUAUAUCUGAGAUGGACCCAGGAAGUUUCAAGACUUUUGAUUUAGGUUACUACAAAAAUUUGGUUAAAAGACGAGGUCUUUUCCAAUCAGACGCAGCUCUCGUUACAGACGCUGCUUCAAAAUCAUUUGUUACUCAAUUACUCCAAGGUAGUUCAUCGAAUUUCUUUGCAGAAUUCGCCACAUCCAUGGAAAAAAUGGGUCAACUUGGAGUUAUGACUGGAUCAACCGGAGAGAUUCGAAAGAAAUGUUCAGUUAUUAAUUAG